ACGCCGCCGUCCGCUUCUUUCAGUCCUGAUCACCGAACAAGAAGUGCUAUGCAGAUGUUUAAUGUUUAGUCCGUCUCUUCCACGGUUCACGUUUCGCAGCUUGCUGAAGUUCUUUGCUUCUUUGAGCUCUGAUCUUUCCUCUGCUCUCGUCAAGGCGUCUCCUUUCUUCUGUAUUUCUGGUUAGAAGCAGAAGAUGGGGAAGAGGAGAGGAAGGGCAUGUGUGGUUGUAUUGGGCGAUAUAGGCCGCAGCCCUCGAAUGCAGUAUCAUGCCCUUUCCCUUGCCCGUCAGGCAUCUCUACAAGUGGACAUUGUUGCAUAUGGAGAAACAAUGGCCAGUGCAUCCUCAUGGUCUGCCGAAGAUACUUAAUCCCUUGAUUCUUUUGCUCAAGCCAUUGUUUCAGUUUUUUAUGCUCCUUUGGUAUCUCUGUGUCAAAAUUCCAGCUCCUGAUAUUUUCAUAGUGCAGAAUCCACCAUCUGUUCCAACUUUGGUGGCUGUAAAAUGGGCAAGUUGGCUGAGGAAUUCCAUGUUUAUUGUUGAUUGGCAUAACUUUGGGUAUACUUUAUUGGCACUUUCCCUUGGAAGAAGCAGUCCAUUUGUAGCAGUAUAUCGUUGGUUUGAGAGGCAUUAUGGAAGGAUGGCCAAUGGUUCCCUCUGUGUGACAAAAGCAAUGCAACAUGAAUUAGCUCAAAACUGGGGAAUUAAAGCCAUAGUUCUAUAUGAUCAGCCUCCUGAGUUUUUCCAUCCUGCUUCACUUGAGGAAAAGCAUAAGUUGUUUUGCAGAUUGGAUAAAGUUAUCAGUCAGCCUUAUGGUAUUCGUGAUUGCGCCAGCUAUGGAUCCAUAGGAAUGAGGAACUGUGAUUUAACUGAGACUCUGUUUACUACCAUGGCUGAUGGUGAUAUUUUCUUGAAGCCAAAUAGGCCAGCACUUGUUGUUAGCAGUACAAGCUGGACUCCAGAUGAGGAUUUUGGCAUGCUUCUGGAAGCUGCAGUUAUGUAUGAUAGACGUGUUGCUGCAAUCCUAAAUGAAAAUGAUUCUACUCUUGAAGAGGUUCUAUGGAAGGAAUUAUCUGAUGGGAAGCAAUACUUAUAUCCUAGGUUGUUAUUUGUCAUUACAGGUAAAGGGCCUGAAAAAGAAACAUAUGAAGAAAAAAUAAGGAAGCUACACCUCAAGCGUGUGGCAUUUCGGACCAUGUGGUUGUCAGCUGAGGAUUAUCCGUUGCUUCUAGGAUCAGCAGAUCUGGGUGUGUGCUUACAUACUUCAUCUUCAGGGCUGGACCUUCCCAUGAAGGUUGUUGACAUGUUUGGUUGUGGACUGCCUGUUUGUGCUGUUUCCUACUCUUGCAUCAAGGAGCUAGUGACAGUUGAUAAAAAUGGUCUCCUCUUUUCAUCAUCUUCAGAGCUAGCUGACGAACUAAUGAUGCUUUUUAAGGGUUUUCCAGAUGAAUGUAAUGCGUUGAAGUCACUAAGAAACGGUGCACUGGAAAUGGGUUCCUCAAGAUGGGCUACUGAGUGGGAAGAAAAUGCAAAGCCAUUAAUAUUGGAGGUUAUUUCUCAGAACUCCAAUUAAUCUCUGGUCUCAAGUUCAAUUCAUUGCAGAGUAAUUUAAUGAGGUAAGAUUGGGAUUUCUUUUCAUGUUUUCGGUGGUUGGAAAUUUCUUUUUGUUGUUUUGUUUGGGUGGUUUAAAUUGGAAGGUUUGAUGUUUAAACUACUAAAAAAUUACGGGUGAUGGUAUGAGCAUGGAUAACAUGAUAUUGUGAACCAACCAUGUUCAGAAACCUAAAUGGGAAUAUUAGAAUUUCAAGUUUUUUUUCUUAUUUGAAAGCAACAACGAAUGGGAAUUCGCUCAGCUCGUCUGAUUUAUUAGGAUUAGCUGCCAGCAGUUUAUUGCAGGUUUGAAGACCACACAAAGCUUUAUCUCCUAAUGUAUGUGCUAUGUGCUUUGUUAGCUGUGAGACUUGUGACCUUUUCUUGCAUCCCACUCUUGCUAUGCAUCUCUGAAAUGGGUUGUUUGAUGUAUUUGGAGAAAUGUAGGUUGGCCCACCAACUUAAGUUUACGUUGAUUUGUUUGUGUCUUGGGAGAGGAAAGACGCUGAAAGUCCCCUCAGAAUACGCUUCUUUUUUUUUUAGGUGCAGUCUAUUUGUACCAGUUAUUAUGGUAUUAGGGUUGUGUUUUUGGUUUAGCAAAAUAUUUAACUGGGUUUGAGAAAUUUGUAAGUAGAAUAGCCAGUUUUCCUUUCUGGGUCCAUGUUCGUUUUUCAAAAUAAAGUUUAGGUGAAAACAAAGAAAAAGAAAGUUAAGCGUAUACGGUUGGUGUAUGCUAUUUAUUUACCAUGGAUAAUGUCAUGUUUUACUUCAAAGUAACAGUAAACACGUUCAUGAGCUUUGUGAUUCAAA